AUGUUAUCAAAUGAUUCAAUACAAUGUAUCAUAACUUCUCCACCAUACAAUAAACUUGGUCUACGACAAGGUUUAUUAUUUUAUAUUCAUAAAGAUCGACGAUAUUCUCAUUGUGAUUAUCCUCCAGAACAGUUUAUAUUUCGAAGUAAAUUAAAAUUAUAUCAAACAAUUAUAUGGGAUCGAGGUUCAACACCUAAUCAAAAUAAUUCUUAUUUUCGACCUAAUCAUGAAAAAAUUUUUUGGUUAACUAAAUCUUCAUCUAAUAUAUCAUUACCACCUAAAUAUUAUCGUGAUUGUCUACCAGAAUAUUUUAAAGGUGCAAUUUGGAAAAUUAAACCUGAUCGAAAAAAUAAACAUCCAGCACCAUUUCCAUCAAUUAUUGCUGAAAUUUGUAUUUUAACAACAACUGAUGAAAAAGAUGUCGUAUUAGAUCCAUUUGCUGGAUCUGGUACAACACUUAUAGCUGCAAAUAAUUUGAAACGAUCUUUUAUUGGUUUUGAUAUUAGUAAAAAAUAUCAAAAUAUGUUUAAACAACGAUUGGCUAAUUCAAGUGGUAAGAUUCAUCUCUGGGAAGAAAUGUUUAUUGUAGAAAAAAUUCUAGAUCGUAGAAUUAAAAAUGGUUCUAUUGAAUAUCUUCUCAAAUGGAAAGGUUUUAAUCAUGAUCAAAAUACCACUGAUUAUGUUUUGGCUACGAGUAAUGUAGAUAGUUACAAGAUACGUCGUGCCAAACAGCUUGGUUUACCAGUGAUCAAUGUUCAAUAUGUAUACGAAUGUCGUUCUUUGCCACCUGGUCAAACACCAAUUGAUAUUAACAAAUUUAUUAUGAAGUCAGCUGAAGAUCAAGAAAAUUUUAUAAAAACCGGCACUAUUUCCAUGGGAGAAUCUCGAGCAAAUGUAACUAAAAUCAAUAAAUUUGAUUUGACUAAAAUCAAACUAUGGAAUUCGGACGAUGCCGAUUUACCUCGUUUCGAUGAGUUGACACAUUGUGAGAUUGGCAAAUGGGCUAUUUUCAAAGAAACCAACGAUAAUUCAAAUGUAUUUUUUGUUCUCGAACUUCAAAUUAUUCCCGAACAGUACUACGAUCGAACAACGAGCGAUUAUCGACUACGAUUUCGAUAUGAAAAACAGACUAUUAUUGGCGAAGAACAACAACAAUACGAUAAAAAAGUAUUGAUACAAUACGUAUUCAGUGAUGAUCCAAACGAACAACAACAAUUGUUUGCAUCGUACUAUUAUCGAUUAGCUACAAUGCCACGUAUAACACGAAUUCGUGAAAUGUUACCUAAUAAAUUAGGUUCAAAACUAUUGUUACGAUCUUUAUUUACUCAUCGUAUCGAUACACAGAUACUUGAUGAGAAUGUAUGUCAAUUAAUUGAAUCAAUUUGGUUAGAAUCAAUUGGUGAUUUGAAUAAAAUUUUGAGCAUAUCACUCGAAUCGAUCACUCUCAAAACGAUCAUUGAAGCCGAAGCUGCACUGCUUGAACUCAAAUCGACUAACAAUCCUGCUGCUGCACUUCGUUUCUAUUCACUUAUACCACAUCGACAACAGUAUAAUAUUGAUCUCAUCAAGAAUCGUCGAGCGUUGACUGAAAAAAUAGACUUAUGUCAAAUGCUUCGAGAUAUGCUUACAGUCAACGAACUAACCAAUUGGAAUGUUAAAGCACCAAUCGAAGCUAAAUAUCGAGCAUUGAAGUGUCAUAUUGAAAGGGUGGCUAGUUCAACACUCGACUUUAAGAAUAUUGCUAACCUCAUUCAAUCGUCGACGGAUAGCGGUGAACAAAUUGUUAUUCACAACGUAUUCAGCGUAGCUAAACAGAUAGAUGCACUCAAUUUUUGUACAACACUAUCCCAUCAACGGCAACUAUUUCAUGGAUCGAAAUAUGUCAAUUUUCUUGGGAUUCUUUCACGUGGUUUGGUCAUGCCUAAAAUGGUAGUGGAAGAAUUGGGUGUUGAACGUACUGAUGUUGGUUGUCUCGGUUAUGGGAUAUACUUUUCUGAUUCUGCUUCGACGUCUUUAAAAUAUACGACAGCAAGUACAAUACAACCAGGUCGUCGUUUGUUAUGCAUUUGUCAAGUAGCACUUGGUGAAUCAGCUAACUAUUAUUCAUUUUCAUCGACUCUCACCAAACCUCCGAAUGGUUUUCAUAGUACGCAUGGAGUUAAACGAACAGAAGAUAAUCAUUCAAUGUUUACUGAUAAUGAAUAUGCGAUCUAUCAACUCGAUCAACAACGUUUACUCUACAUUGUGGAAGUUUCAUGGGCACCGAAAGAUAAUCUCAAUAUCGAAUUAGAACGAUUACCAAUUAUUCAUCAUCAACAAUAUGCAUUAAAAUUGAGUGAACAUGUCGAAGUUCCCAUGACAAUCGAUGAUGAAAUCAUUGAAAUAGCUGAACAAGACUAUGGUUUAAUAUGUUCAUCAUCGGGAAAACUUGUACCACUUAAAUCAUUUCAUAUUCGUGCUCAAAUUGUUGAUGUUACAGUUGAAGUUGUUCUCUAUCAAGUCUAUCACAAUACGAGUUCGAUACCGAUUGAAGCUAAAUAUGUGUUUCCUCUUGAUGAAAAUUCAACUGUAUGUGGUUUUGAAGCACAUAUCAAUAAUAAAGUUAUCAAAGGUGUCGUUAAAGAGAAAGAACAAGCCAAACGAGAAUAUAGAGAAGCAAUUGAAAAGGGACAUGGCGCCUAUUUAAUGCAUCAAGAAGAAGCCCAAGUGUUCAGCGUUGCUGUUGGUAAUUUGCCAGCGCACAAUGAAGUUAUCAUCAAGAUAACCUAUGUCGCCGAAUUAGAAAUCGAAAAUGAUGAUAUUAUUUUUCGUCUUCCAGCCAAAAUGGCUUCAUGGCAAUCGAAAAAAGCUGUCGAAACCAAAGACCAAUCGAUUUUACGAUCUAUUGGUAUUGUCGAAGAAAAAGUUGAAUUCAGUUUCAAAGCAUCGAUUCGAAUGCCAUACAAAAUAGUGAAAUUGUUUUCGCCAACACAUCGUCUUCGUCGAAAGUUAACUGAUUGUAUAGCUAUGAUCGAACUUGUCGAUAAUGUCUUACUUGAUCAAGAUUUUAUUCUUUCGAUCACAGUCAACAGUCCUAAUUUACCUCGAAUAUCAAAUGAAACAUUGUCAUUGGAUGACAAUAGUGGAACAACUGACACAUCGAACAAUCAUAAUUCUCAGGCAUGUAUGCUUACCUUUUAUCCACGAUUCGAAACAUUGACGAAUUCGAACGAACGAGUUGAAAUUAUUUUCAUUGUUGAUGUAUCAAAUUCAAUGGACGGCAGUCACGUACAACAAGCUAAACAGUUAGCUCAUUUGUUUCUUAUGAAUUUGAAAGUUGGCGAUGAGAAUACAUAUUUUAAUGUAAUUACUUUUGGAUCAGAUAAUGAUGAAUGUUUUCCUAUAUCAGCACCAAUUACAAAAGAAAAUCUUGAUAAAGCCAAACACUUUGUUCUGCAUUCACUUGUCCAUCGUGGUAAUACGGAUCUAUUUGCUGUUCUUCAUCGUUAUUCACUAUUACCAUCGUCAUUAUCGUCGAAAUUUGGUCGUCAAUUCAUUCUUCUAUCCGAUGGACAUAUUCACGAUCUUAAUUCGAUUCUUGCUCUACUCAAACAUCGACCAACUAUGCGUCGUGAUCGUUUGUUUACAUGUUCAAUUGGUAAUGUUGCAAACAAACAUAGUUUGAAACAGUUAGCUAAUGGAGCAAAUGGAGGCGGUCUAAUAACAAUGUUCGAUUCGAACUAUCGAUCGAAAUGGAAAACAAAAGUAUUGAACAUUCUCGAACAGAUUCGACAACCAUGUGUUACAAGUAUAUCAAUCGAUUGGCAUGGUUGUUUGAAUGAAGAGCAAAAAUUCAAUAUGCAAGCACCGAAAAUGAUUCGAUCUUUGUUCAAUGGAAUGCGACUUACUGUCUAUCGAUUCAUAGAAAAUUGUCACAAGGCAACGUUGACGGCUACUAUUGAUGGACAAGAAUUUGUUACCACUGUAUUUAGUAGUACGAUGACAACGACCAGAGGACGUAUUCUACACUGUUUAACCACUCGAGCGAUCAUCGAUGAUUAUGACAAUGGACUAUUGGAUGUAGAUGAGAGCGAAAACGAAUUGAUUAAAGUUCAAUAUAAACGAGAUCUCAUCGAUCUCAGCAUCAAACAUUCUGUUGUCAGUGCAUACACUAGUUUUGUUGCCAUCGAAGAACGUAAUGUUAAAACGGAUAUAAAAACUCUUCAACCAGGUGUUCGUCUGCUUGAAGUUAUGCUGGAACGCGAUGUUGACUUACUACCAUGCAUGGGAUGGGAUGGUGACGCAUCAUAUUUGACUUUAAUCAAACAGCAAUUAGCCGAUGCGCGCAUUUCACUCCAAUGUGCGUCGAUUCAGGACAAAAAAGAAACAGUUGCUGAUAUUGAAAAACUUUGUCAAAAAAUUUCCUACCGAGCAGGUGGUGAUGCAAAAUUUGGUACAAUGAUGACUAUCAUACGCACAUAUCGUUAUUCAUUGAAUGAAUACAAUAAAGCAGAUGAACUCGAAGACAAAAUGCGAAACGAUUUGGUUCGUAUGCUUGGAGCUGAUUUCAAGGAUUUAACAACAGUUGAACAAAUAGAAAAGAUAAGAAAACUAUGCACCAUGUUAGGUGAAGUACCAGAUUUUACUGGUGAAUUAUUUAUGCCAACAACAGCAAACCUAUCACCAAUACCUGAAAAGCAAUUUCCAACUACAGAUAACAUGAAGAUAACGGCUGAUCAAUUGACAGAAGAACAAAUAGCUGAGUUUCAAGAAGCUUUUUCUCUAUUUGACAAAGAUGGUGAUGGAACAAUUACAACAAAAGCAUUGGGUACGGUGAUGCGUAGUCUUGGUCAAAAUCCAACUGAAGCUGAAUUGCAAGAUAUGAUCAAUGAAGUUGAUGCUGAUGGUAAUGGUACGAUUGAUUUUCCUGAAUUUUUAACGAUGAUGGCACGUAAAAUGAAGGAUACUGAUUCGGAAGAAGAAAUUCGCGAAGCAUUCCGCGUCUUUGACAAGGACGGUAAUGGAUUUAUAUCAGCUGCUGAAUUUCGUCAUGUCAUGACAAAUUUGGGUGAAAAACUCACUGAUGAAGAAGUUGAUAAAAUGAUUCGAGAAGCAGAUAUUGAUGAAGGAUCAGUGCCUGCACCACCAUCAGGGCCACUACUAGGACCGCCUCAACAACAACCAAAACCUAGCACCAAGAUGCCAAUGAUGGCAGGUUUGACAUUACCAUGCAAUCAGCCAUCAGUACAAAUAUCUGAAGCUGCAGCAUCGUCAUCUUGUAUCGAUGAUCUCAAGACUACAAGUCUUGAAUUGGCAGCACCAUUCGAUUCAUCUGAUCAUGUAAUUGAUCCUUCUGCAUUGACUUCUCUUUCUUUACCUGAACCACGAUCACCAGACAUAUCAUAUCGAACAAUAUCACUAUCAAAAGAAGCGGCAAAAUUUGCAUUCCCCGAUAGUGGCAACUGUAUGCAAUCUCCAAUAGCAUCAAAACCGAAGCCAAGUGUUAAAACACCUUCACGAGUUUUGUCAAAGAGUGGUAAACAUGGUAGCAUGCGAGUACUUGUCAGUGAACCACAAAGUUCAGACGAUGAUACAAUGUAUGAAAUACUACCAAUGGAUUCGACAUAUUUCUCUCCAGAUGAAACUGUACGAUGUGAUGAGAUGUUUAACAAAAUACGUGUGCCAAUGGAAAAACGAGAAGAUGAUAUGAGAAAGUUUACAAGUGAAAGCGCAAAAUCAAAAUCCACGAUUCAUAAAAGGGCAAGACAAUCAGAAAUGUAA